UGUAAGUCAUUUUGGACAAAAACAUCAGCCACAUUACUGAAUGUAAAAGUCUUCCUUUGAAGCGGUGACUUUUAAAUCACCAACCAGGCAACCCCGAAUAAAUCCAACUCAGCCCUGAUUAGUGAAAUCUGGCAACCCGGACAGCACCCUUCACUCGUGCAGCUGUUAGACCAGCACUAACACUAAUACCAACUCAUCUCUCUAACGUUUAUUUAUUUACUCUGAUUUCCUCCGCCGCGGUGACGGGCUUCAGAAUUUCAUUCCCGCCGCUACACUCAGGUAUUUAGGAUUAUUUUACCUCAUUAACACUCCGGUCGGGGUAUGUGUGUGUAAGAAAGAGAGAGAGAGAGAGAGAGAGAGAGAGACUGUGAGAGACUGUGCUCUGACACAUUUGGGAGUUUUUCUGACAGAAGUGUGACAUUAGAGCCGCAUCUCGGGAGCUGAAGAAGAGAGGAGGAAGAGAGGAGGAAACGAGGAGGGCAGGAGGCGCAGUUCCACUUCAAAGCCGCUUUUUAAACUGUCAGUUCCCCUCAGUAGCUGGUUAAUGCCCCCGCGCGCGCGGCGUUCUGCAGGAGAUGAGUUCGGUGUGGAAGAGACUGCAGAGGGUCGGGAAGAAGGCCACCAGGUUCCAAUUCGUGGCUUCAUAUCAGGAACUCACAGUGGAGUGCACAAAGAAAUGGCAGCCUGAUAAACUGCGUGUGGUGUGGACCAGGAGGAACAGACGCAUCUGCUCAAAGCUCCACAGCUGGCAGCCGGGGAUUAAAAACCCGUACAGAGGCAUGGUGGUGUGGCCCGUACCCGAGAACGUCGACAUCACCGUCACACUCUUCAAGGAUACUCAUGCAGACGAGUUUGAGGACAAAGACUGGACAUUCGUCAUUGAAAAUGAAACAGCGAAAGGUCAGCGUAAGGUUUUGGCUUCAGUGGACGUGAACCUAAAGAAGUUUGCGAGCGCGACGGUGACUCAGACCGACCUGAUGCUGAAACUGAAGCCGUUAUCAGUGAAGGUGACUGAAGCCACGCUGAAGCUCUCGCUCUCCUGCGUGUUCCUCAAAGAGGGAAAAGCCACAGAUGAGGACAUGCAGAGUGUGGCAAGUCUGAUGAGUGUGAAGCCGACGGACAUCGGGAACCUGGACGACUUUAAUGAGAGCGACGAAGAUGCAGAUAAAACAUCUAAUGUUAGCACUGCAGCGUCAGGUGCUGUCGUUCCCUCACACCCGGUCCUCAUCUCUGUCUCUAAUCCAACACUGCAGUCUCGCCCUCCUUUACCUGCUCCCUCCAAUCCAUCUCUCCGCCCAUCAUACUCUCCCUCUGCCCAACGGCCAGCUCCACUUAUCACGCACACACACACGCCCUCACAUACACACUCACACACACUUACACCGGGUCUGUCUCCUCCAGCCCUCCCCAAAAUCUUCCAGCCUUCACCUGGAUCAGCUCCUGCAUCCUUCACAAGGAGAUGUUCUGGUACUGAUGACCUCAACAUGACCCUGGCCAAGACCUCUGACCUGCUACAGCCACGCCCCUUUGAUGCUGCUUCCUCUGAACCUGCACUUCCUGUUUUCAGCCAAACUGCUGCUGCUGACACUCUGAAAGAUGCUCCUCAGGUUUCUGUCCUCAAAACCGAAAUGGUACAGGAUCAUGUCUCACCGUCUCCCAUCCCCUUCUACUCAUCCCAACAUUCAUCUCUGAGUCUCUCUCACACUCUCAAAUCUCCAUCCAGCUCAGCGUCAGUUCCCUUGUGUUUGGAUAAAUGGAGCUCGGCCGGCCGUGACCCCGUGACCCCUGUGCCUUUGCUCGUCAGCCCUGAUCUCGAUGCCUUCUGUGAUCCUGUUUCUGCCCCUGCUGCUUUCUCAGACCCUCCUGUUACCCCCCAAACUGCCCCCCCAGUCACCCCCUCAGACCUGGACCAUGCUCUAAAAUUUGCCCCUUCCACUCGCUCUGCACCUCCUUCUGUCUUUUUCACUUGUUCCUCUGCUUCUUCUACUCCUACCACUCGUUCUUCUCUCGUUUCCUCACUCUCUCUCACUCCUCUGCCGCCUGCUUCACUCUCAGACUCAUCACAGGCCGAGGCUAACAGCAGCAAGGCUAACUCCCAGUCCAUUCCUGCAGAGUGUGUUGAUAAACAGAGGAAAGCAGGAAAGUCUGCUGAACUUCCUGUAUCGGGGGAAGUGGUGGACAUCGAGACUGUCCCUCCUCCAUGGCCUUUCUCCGUAUCUGGGUCUGUGUCGUCCGUCCCAGAGAAACAGUCGGGGAGCAUGUGGUGGGCGGAGCGUCCGCCUCUCGCGGAAGAGGAGCCUGACUUUACAGACGAGGACUUUAACACCGUGUGUGUGACGUCUCCGCCUCUUCAAGCACCUGCAGGUGGAGAUAUGGAGAAGAAAAGUCCACUUACUAUAGACACACCUUCACCCACCGAGACACUGUGUGAUAAAGAGGUUCCUGUCCCCACCCCAGUCACACUCUUCAUCACAGAGGAUGAUGAGAAGUCACCAGAACAGGAGGAAAAGAAGGACGAACCAGUGAGUCAAACUGAUCUAAACUGGUCUGACGGGGACAAAGUGACGAUUACAGACAACAUCGUAAUCUCCUCACUGCUGAGGGGCGAGCGUGAGAACGAGGAGCAGCCUGAACGAGAUCACACCUCUGUGAGUGACAGCAGCUUAAAUCAAAUCUCUACAGAUCUACCCAAAAUCAGCACUGACCCCCAAAUCACAGAGGCUGAAACACACACCACUGAGGACACACACUCUGCAGAUACACACACCGCAUUAACACACACUGAGGACACACAUUCUGCAGAUACACACACUGCAUUAACACACAUUGAGGACACACAUUCUGCAGAUACACACACUGAGGACACACACUCUGCAGAUACACACACUGCAUUAACAAACAAACACAUUAAGUACACACAAACCAUAGACACUCUUGCCACAGACACACACACUGAAAGUACACACACCAAACAAGCAAACAUCACAGACACACACACUCCUGAGCCCCCCAGUGGUCAGAGUGAGACCCCUCUGUGGGCAGCGUUAGAGAGGGUGAGGGAUCAGCGAGACGAGCCGGACGUCAGAGCAGAGACGCACAGAGACACGACACAUGGAGAUGGAGACAGUAACAUGGAGGCAAGAACAGUGGGUGGAGAUAAAAGCUCAGACCACGCCAGAGACAUGCAGAAGCUUGACCUGAGAGAAUUAAAGACAGCUAUAUAUAAACCAAAAGCUGCGAUUAUUGAGAAGAAGCUGGAAUGUGACAUAACAUCUCUGAUACCAUCAGCAACUCCUCCAGCUCCACCUCCCUCAUUAGCAUUAGCGCCUCUGUUAGCUGUCGAUGACACAAACCUAAAUAUUAACAACGUGGAGAGAACAGAUGCAGAUUCAGAGGUCACUAAUGAGGGUCCGCUUUGGGCCAGUUUGGAGAAAAAGGAUACGAGAGACUGGAACGAGGGAAUAAUUCCAGGUGAAAUAGAGACCGAACAGGCAAAUCUGGAAGGAGGCCAUAUUGGAUGGGUGGCUGAAAGCAAGAAGCAAGAUGAAGUGGGAAACUUUCCGAACAAACAAGGUGUUGAUGUUGGAGUCAUCGGUUUCACCACAGAGUCAGGGAAGGAGUCGAUGGAAAAGACUGAUGAAGAUAAAUCCAGUAGGAAAAUUCAGAAGCCAAAUGAUGGAAAUAAGUUUUCAGAGGAAGAACAAUCACCCGCUGAGGAUCAGGAUUUUGUUUCUGAGCAGGAAGAGACGUGUUCAGAGUCUUCAGGUCUUGUAAAAGGGAUAAUUGGUGUUUUGUAUAAAGGUUAUGAGACGGUGACGUCCAUGUUGAUGCAGUCGAGUCCUACAGAAACCGACAAUCCUGAAGACACAAAAUCUGGAAACCAAGAGUUUGAGAUCCUUCCACCUGAGCCCUUUUGCGAUACAAACCUGAUCAAAGCUACAAAAGAAGCAACAGAGGAACAUAACAAGGCCCCAAUGAUUAAAGAAGGCAUUUCCUCUCAAAUUUCCUACGACGAAACGAGGCGUGUGACAUCGGGUUCAGCAUCUUCAGGAAGGAGCCUAGUGGACUGCUUGAGGUUGGCUGCUUCAGAUGUAGAAAGAGAAGCAGAGUUUUUAAAAAACAAAUCAGAAGCUGAAACAAGCAACGGUAAAAGAACAGUACGCAAGGUGAAGAUAAGCAAAGAGGAAUCCUCAAGUGUAGGAGGUCAAGCCUGGAAAAAUGAACAGAAACCUAAAGCAAGUGAGAGCUCAGAACCAAAUUUUGAGAAGUCCAGAAAGCCAUUUUCAUUUCCAGAAACUAAAACCAGUCCAGAUAAUAAUAAUGCACUAGGUCUUUAUUCCACUGAGGAUGUUCUACUUUUAAAACAAGUCAAUUUGGAUGACAUAGCAAGUGAAGAACACUUAAAGAAUGCUAAUGAGGAACCUGAAGAAAUUAAACCAGAUCUCCAGAAGAAGGAGACGUAUGUGAUACCCUUGGUACUGUCUGAAACGGUAGAAGAGGAGCUGGAGUUUGAGGUGGGGCAGGAGGAUCUAGGGACAGUGUGGCUUGCUGAGCUCUAUAUGGAUGAAGGACCGGAGGAAUCGCCAGCAUCGAACGAGAUCCUCAACAGGAAGCCUGUGUCAGUGUUACAAAACUCUCAAGCUGAGGAAAAAAAUCCUCCACAAGCUGCAAAAGAUGCAAAACUUCAUGAAACCAAGCAGAAAGGAGCUUCAGUGCAGGAAGUCAAGCUGAAUGUUCCCUCUGGUUCCAGAGCUAUUGUUCUACUACAGCACAACACAAACGAAGGAAGUGGAAGUAAGAAUGAGGAACAGAUGAGGGGUAGUACGAUCCCUCCAUCAGAGUGUACUAACAAUGUCAACACACAGGCUGAACUCGCUGUGCCUCAAGCGAGGAAAGAACAUCUUCUCAUUGAAGUCCCAGCAUCAGAUAUCUUUAAGAGCAAAAUAGCAACAUAUCAGUCAGAUGAUAUCAAACCAUCUUUAGAAUCAGAUAAGGAAAAGUCCGCUGACCUCAAACAGCUUUUAGGAACAGGAAAAGAUCAGGCAAAUGAAGUUAUACAAUCCUUAGAUCAAGCCAAAGAUAAACCAAAUCAUGUCAGUAGACCUGUAGGAACAUCUAAGGAUCAGACGGAUGAUUGCAGUAGAUGUUCAGAAAUAGAUGAAGAACUGCGAGAUAACAUCAAGAGAUCAUUAGAAGCAGAUAUAGAACAGCCAGAUGAUGUAAAAGCUAAAAAUCAACCAGCUGAUACUAACACAUGUUUAGGAACAGAAAAAGAUCAGCCAGAUUAUGUCAAAAGAGCAGCAAAAGAACAGCAGGAAAGCACCAGCAGAUCUUUAGGAACGGUGAUAGAAGAACUAGAGGAUGUCCAGAGAUCUUCAGUAAUAGCUAGGGAACAGCCAGAUGAUGUCCAAAGAUGUUUAGGAACAGUGAAAGAAGAGCCAAACGAGGUCAAAAGAUCUUUAGGAGGUGCUAAAAAACAACCAGAUGAUGCUAGCACAUGUUCAGAAUUAGUAAGAGAUCAUCCAGAUGAUGCCAAAAGAGCAGCUAAACAGGUAGAUAAUAUUGAGAGACCUUUAGGAGCAGUGAUAGAACAGCCAGAUGAUCUCAGUAGAUCUGUAGGUACAGCUAAAGAACAGUUACAUGCGGUCAAAGGAUUCAUAGCAUUGUCUAAGGAACAGCGUGAUGAUGUCACCAGUGCUUUAGAAAAGGGACAGGAAGAACCAGACGAUACCACAAGAACUUUAACAGCUAAAGAAGAGUCAGAUGAUGCCAAAGUUAGAUCACUUAAAAACAUUUUUCCAGGGAGCUCAGUGGUACCACAGCGUGUGCCUUCACCUCAACAUGAAAAAUCACCUGACUCUCUUACUGAAACUACUGAAGAGCCUUCUGCUGUGUCAGAGGAGAGCUUCCUGCUGGAGAAGAUUUGUCAAAUGGCAGACGAUAUGGACACAACUCCAUUGUCUGAUCCUGUUCCUGUUCUGGUUUCUCAGCCCAGGAAGCGUCUCAUCCCUUCCGAGUCUGACUUUGAUCUACCUCCAACACCUCCGCCUCAACACAGAGUCUGCACUACAUCACCAGAACUACCUGUGAGCUCUGGAGAACCCACUGUAGAUGCUGCUGAUGAAACAGAGACAUGUGAAAGCCAGAACGAGCGAGCUUUGUUGUUAGAGGAUGAGAGAAAAGAGACACUAACUUCAAAAUCUACCGGAAGGUUAGAAAAAGAGAAUGUUCCAGAAGACAGAGUUAGUGCUGAGGAAGAAGAGCUUGACGGGGCUUGGAUAGAAACGUUGAAACCUGCUCCGGUCCCGGACAAUCUGUGCGAGCUGCUGGGUGAAGAUUCCUCUCGUUUAGGAAUCUCGGGAUCUGUGUUAAAGGUGGAAAGUGAAAGUGAGGUUAUGGAGAACGUCGUCCAAACCUCUGCGUGUGCAGAAUCGGUGAAGACACCACCGACUGUCCUGCCUCGCAGCAAGAAGAAAAACAUCCCUCCACCAUUCACUCUACAGGACGUCAGACACAACACGCCAGCACCUGAACGGGCUCCCCUCCCGAGCCCCGCCCUGGUGAGCAGCAGUCAGUCGUUGUUGCAGUGGUGUCAGGAAGUCACAAAGGACUACAGGGGCGUGAAGGUGACGAACUUCAGCACGUCCUGGAGGAACGGCCUGGCCUUCUGCGCCAUCCUCCACCACUUCCACCCGGACAAGAUUGAUUUUAAUGUCCUGGAGCCUCAAGAUAUAAAGCUGAAUAACAAGAGGGCUUUUGAUGGGUUCUCAGAGUUGGGGAUCUCGCGCUUGUUGGACCCUUCUGAUCUGGUUCUGCUGUCGGUUCCGGAUCGGCUCAUGGUGAUGACGUACCUGAGUCAGAUCCAAUCACACUUCUCAGGUCAGAACCUCAGCGUACUGCAGUUAGAGAGGAACAGCAGCGAGUCCAGCUAUGCCAUCUCCCAAACCAAUGGCACAGACACACCGGGGGGAGAGGGUCCAACCAACGGGGCUCUGAUCCCCCCGCCCCGGAUUAAACGGCCAUUAAAGGGGGAUGAGAUGAGGACAGAUGGAGCAGUGCAGACUCCAGUAGUACCGGUACAGCAGGAUGAGAGAGAACAGAGUGAGCAGGCGAGUAAAGACAAGGAGAAAUGUCCAGCAGCAGACAGAGACACGACACGUACUGAAUCGCCUGAACCUGCAGAUGAGGAACCGACGUGUCUGCAGGACACCAGUCAGUAUGUGGUGAAUGAGCUGAAGGCUCUGGAGCUCGAGCAGAAACACAUCGACACCCGUGCAGCCGUGGUGGAGCGCAAAUUGAGACGCCUCAUGGAGACAGGCAGUGAUAAGGAGCAGGAGGAGAAGCUGAUACAGGAGUGGUUCACACUGGUCAAUAAGAAGAACGCUCUGAUAAGGAGGCAGGACUACCUUGAGAGUCUGCAGGAGGAACAGGACUUGGAGAGGAGGUUUGAGCUCCUGACCCGAGAGCUCAGAGCCAUGAUGGCUGUCGAAGACUGGCAGAAGAGUGAAGCUCAUCAGCACCGUGAAGCGCUCCUCCUGCAGGAACUCGUUGCUCUGGUCAAUCAGCGUGAUGAGUUAGUCAGAGACAUGGACGCCAAGGAGAGAGGGGCGCUGGAGGAGGAUGCUCGUCUGCAGCGAGGUUUAGAGCUCAGACGCAUGAAAUACAGCAACAAGGAGAAGUGUGUGCUGCAGUAGAGACACACAGCAUCCUAACACAGUCUCCAACACAUGAGUGUGUGCGUGUGUGUGAAGGGAGAAGUGUGUAUCGGAGCUGUUGGUUCAUCACAGUGUGGCUGCACUGCUCCAUCUGCACUGUUUCAGAGCACAGCAAUGCAUUCUGGGUAACUAAGUCCACUCUGAUGUCCACUUGUCUUACACACUCGAGCUGAGAGAGGAACUAACGGCCUAAGGGGACUCAGUUAAGCGGUAGUGGACGAGGGGGGACAUGUUAAACACAGAAAUUGUGGGAUACGCAGAUGUGAAUCACACAGUCUGGUGUGGGUUAGAUCGGACGUCACGGCGCAUCACUGACAAUAACAUCAUCGUCGUCAUGUUAAUGAUAAAGAGCUGCACUUUAAAGUGUCAUUUCAUUUUUAACUUCAUGUAGUGAGUGAAAGAAAAUGUGAAGGCUGGAACCGGCUGGGGUUCAAAUGUUACAAUACAAAUAUUAUCCAAAUAUAAUCUUCCUAAAUUGAUUAGUAAAUAAUUAGUAUAUUAAUAAGUGGGGGAAAUAAGUAUUCAGCACAUAUUUCCAGUGCAGAUAUUCACAUGAAGUGUAGAUCAGACAUUGCUAUUAAUUUAAUAAAACUAUACAGCUAAAGAAAUCCUACUAUUCCAAUUAAAAAAUAAAAGUGCUGCAGUGAAGUGGAAUGACAGGAAAGAAGUAUCGUACACACUGUGUUUGACGGCUUCAGGACGCUUCCUGUAUGAAGAAUCUAAUCUCUCCCAGAGUUCAGUGGGGUUUCAUCUCAUUCUUCCACGCAGUCUUUAAAUCUUGAAGAUUCGGUGGAGCCGCUGGUGAAUGUUGAUCUUCAGUACGUUCCACAGAUUUUCUAUUGGGUUUAAGUCUGGAGAUCGACUGCUUCAUUCCUACACCGUUAUUUUCUUCCCGUGGAACCAGUUGAGAGUCCUCUUUACAAUAUGAUUUGGAUUGUUGUCCUGCUGGUAGCUCCACCUGGGCCCCAUCCUCAUCAUCCUGGUGGAUGGAAACAGAUUCUUCUCAUGAAUUUCCCAGUACAUGGCUCCAUUCAUUGUCCUUUUGAUCAUUUGGAUUCUGUCAGUGCUAUGAGCAGAGAUACAGCCCCACACUUGGAUGUUUCCACCUCUGAACGUCACUGUAGGUAUUUUUAGGCUUAUAUGCAGAGCCAUUUCUCCUCCAAACAUGGCGCAUUAUAUUGUUGCAGAACAGUUAGAUUCUUGUCUCGUCUGAUCUCACUAUGUUCUCCUAGUAAUCUACAGAACUUCUCCCAAUGUUCUGGAACAAACUUCAGACAGGCUUCAGCAUGCCAUUUUUUCCAGUAAUGGCGAUAUCCGGGGUGACGAUGAAUGGAGACCGUUAAAAUGGAGUGCAUUGCCUGUUGUUUUCUCUAUGAUGACUGAAGCUGCUGCGUCCAGGUCUUUCUGGAGCUCUUUUCGAGUGGUCCUUUGCUCUUGGGCUUCUCUUCUGACUAACUUUCUGAAGGCCUGGUCAGAAAUCUUAUGAGCACCUCCUGCGUGUGGACGGUUGAUGGUCGAGUGAUGUUCCUUCCACUUGUGGAUAAUAACCUCAGUCAAGCUUAUAGGAACAUUUAAGAGAUGAGAAUGCCGUCAGUAUCCAGUGCCUUUGCUACGCUACAGGCUUAUAGUGACACUCUUGGGAGAGCUGUUUACCUCUAAACAUCACGAGAUGUUUAUUGUGUAACAGCUUGGUGACAGAUGAUUUGUUUACCUGCAGUCAAAGAUGGAUUUCCCUUUUUCACAGAGCUGAAGUACAAACCAACCCACAUGCACUAACACGGCUGAUUCUAACCAGCACAGCUAGGAGAACCUGUCAGUUCAAUCAGCUGCUUCAGUGGUUUUCUUACUGAGUUCAAUACUUUUUCAUGUCAUUCCACUUUAUUGUACAUAACUUUGGAUGGGAAUAUUAUGAUUUCUUCAGCUGUGUAUUGUUUUAUACAUUUUUGAGUUGAUACCAUCUGGUUUAUGUUUCAUGUAAAUUGUUGCAUUUUAAAUAUGUUUAAUAAAACAACAGUUGAUGUGUCAAAUACUUAUUUCCCCCACUGUGUUAAGCAGUGAUACUUAAUUAUUAUUAAUUGAUUAUUACUUAAUAAUACAUUAUUAUUUUUAUUGUUGUUGUUAUUAUUAUUAUUAUUAUUAUUAUUACUUUUAUUAAUAGCUGUUAUCACACAGCUACUGAAAUGUAUAUUUUAGAUAAAUAAUGAUGCUUUCAUCAUUUAUUAUUAUUAUUAUUAUUAUUAUUAUUAUUAUUAUUAUUAUUAUUAUUAUUAUUAUGGUUUUAUUUCCUUUUUUCUUGCCGUAGAAAUUUCUUACUGUUUUCUUUUUAGACUGCUUUUCUUUUUAAAGUUGAGUUUUGUGUGAUUUUAUGAGCAUGUUAAAUGUCCUCUUUAUUGGAUUUUACUGGACAUGUUCUGUCAGUUAAAUGCAGUUUGUGUUCAAGUUUAUUGGUUAUAUGUUAAUGUUUUUAUUAUUAUAAAUCUGUAUAAAUAUACUGAAUGUAUUGCCGGAUGCUGUGUUAUUAAACCGCGCAGUGCCUUUAAAGGUUUGAUACCUUUUACAUUUUGCCAAAUACUGUUUUUUUUUUCUUGUGUUUUUGAAUUUAUUUAUCUUUGUGUUUUGUAGUGAUUUGACUGUGUGGUUGGUUUGUGACCAGCUGUACUCUUUUCAUUUAAUGGUUAUAAACAGAAAUGGAUUUAAUAAUGAUGAUGAUGAUGAUAACUUAUAUUUAAGUGUGCUGUAAAAUAUGGUUUUCAUAGAAUGACCUGCUGUUUUCUAGAAACAAACAAAAACAUGUUAAACAUGAUGAAUUCUACUGUUAAUAAUAUCUUGAUAUAAAAGUUUAAAACAAAUUUCAUAAAGUAUUAAAAGUUUGCUUUUCUGGGUGAUGGACUCGGAAAGCAAAGCUUGACUCUGAUUGGUUCCUCUAAUGACCAGUCCGUGGACUUUAAUUAACGUGGAAGUGAAUCACGUGACAAUAUGGCGCCAAAGACUGUACCGUUUCCGUUUUUAUCCAUGUUUUAAUUAAUAAAGUUUGAUCUUGCUUCAAUAA